UAAAAAAAAGAAAGUAUUUGUUUAUGAGUAGUUCACAAGAAACACUUGACAUUGGAACAAAAUGUCUUGGAUGUGGUUUAAUGGACUUCCUUCCAAUCAAAUGCUCUUAUUGCCAUAGCCCUUUUUGUAACAAAUGUAUCAAAACACAUCAAUGUGAUAAAGCUAGAGAAGAGCUUCAAAAAGAAAAAGGUUCUAUUCAAUGUCCUAUUUGUCAGAAAUAUAUUCAGUUAGGUAAAGGAGAUAUUCCUGAUGUUGUUAUUAAUAAGCAUAUUGAGAAUAAUUGUAGAUUAGAACCAAAAAAAGAAGGGUUUAUCUGUAACCUUUGUGGGAAAACAGAGCUUGUUGAGAUUGUUUGUGCAGGUUGUCAUAAAAAUUAUUGUGUUGAGCACAGAAACCAAUCAACCCAUCAUUGUGUUGCCUUAACGCAUAAAACUCAAACGUGUAAUAAAUCAUCACCAUUUUCUUUAACUAACUUUGUUUUAGAAAAAUCUUCUCUCUUCAAAUCUCAAAAAAGUUACCCAACUCAACCUGUAAACAAACAAACAUUAAGUGCCCAAAAGAAGGCAUUUAUCUUAAAAAAUGCUCUUGGAAAUAAAACUGUACCAUUCAAUUGUAGAUUAUAUUUUGAAGUUAUACUACCAAAUGAACAAAGAAAAGCAUUAUGGAUAAAUAAAAAUUGGACUUGUGGUAAAGUGAUUGAUGUUAUUUGUACUGAGUUUGGAUUACCAAAUACUAAUUUAGUAAAUUCACCAAAAUAUGGAUUAGUAGAUGAAAAUGGAGAACAAUUGAAUACCACAAUGGCUAUGAGUAAAUUAACCAAUUUUUCAACGAUAAUACUAUUUUUAAUGAAGGCUGAAGAUUAA